AUGGAGUCUCGACGGUGGGAAGAUAUUAACGCUGCUUUGCUUCGCAGUGAACAGAGGGAUGAGGCCAUGUUCAAAGCUAUUACUAUGGUGACGGAUAGUGUUCGUAAUCUUUCCAUUCAUGCACCAGGACUCGCCCCAAAUUUUCAUCCACCUUCAGCUGCAGCUUAUUCUGCUCAUGUAGCAUGGCCAGAGGGCCCUGCUCAACAGCAGGGGGAAGGUGAUGCAGCUGAUGAUGAUGAGGAGUCUGAGGAGGAAUCUGAGGAGGAGGAUGAGGAUGAAGAAGAAGAAGAGUCGGAUGAGGUUGAAGAGGAUGAGGAGGAAGACUAA